ACAGAAAAAUUGACGCCCCUUGGAUCUUCCAAGCGCCAACUUGAGGCAGUCUCAAGGUUUGGAAUAAAUUAAGACGAAUGUCUCUGUAGCAUGACGCUCGUUGCUCUCUCUCUCUAUAAGUCUAAUCUAGAAGGAACACUCUCUCUCUCUAACUUUGGCAAAGUGCCUGCCUGUCCCGGCAAAUUCCUUACCUCAAGCCGAGACGGAAGGACACGCGCACACAGCAGAUAGAUAUAAUUGCUGAAAAAACAAUAAACAGAUUUGAACAGCUCCGUUCCAUUCAACCUUCCUCUUCAUUUUCUUUAACUGUAAGUUUGACUCAAUCAAGCCCAUUCAGGUGAAGGAAGGUCAGUGCAUUAGUCAUGGUUCUCGAUGGCAUAAUAUCGUCUCCACACCGGAGGACACAGACGGUGUUUUCUUCAGCGUCACUGAAAAGACAAUACUCACGACUGGAUGAACCAGGGGGCUGCUCAGUGCUCCUCCAACGACACCGCUUUCUCCUAACAGCUCUUGCCCUCCUAACUUUCCUCUGUACGAUUUAUCUCUACUUUGCUGUCACUCUAGGAGUCGGUGAAUCAUGUUCUGGGUUGACAGGGACUCAAAAAGAAUUAUGUCGUAUGGAGAAGGCAAAAGCGUCUGUGGCCAAAGGAAAAUUGAAAUUCUUCUAGCAGGCAGAUAGAGUCCUGCAAACAGGGCCUUCCUUACUGGUGGUUCUCUUUUUCAAGGGGUUGAAGUUUAAAUAUAGUGUUGUCUGUUACCUUAGAUUGUUGUGCCUAUUAGGGUUUCAUUGAUUUCUAUCAUGGAUACAUUGUAUUGCGGGAAAUAUAAUAUCUUGAAAGUCAUUCAACCACGUCAAACGAUUAUCUGAAUUGUGUAAAGCAAAACUGUAGGCUUUUUGGUGAGUCCUUGUUACCUUCCUUGAGGGUCAUGUUUUUUUUUUGGAAUUUUUCUUUGAGAAUUGAAUCAUUUCUAUAGAAAAUUUAGGAUUUGUGUUUGUUUUA